GCCUCAGUGUUGUAUCGUUGCAUCCCGCACGCCCCACGGCCCCCGCCUUCCCCACAACUUUGCACCUUAUUUCGGAAAUUACCCCGUCCCCGCCCACGCCCGGCCCGUAAACAGCGGCGCCUACACUUGUGUACAGUGACUGGUGAUCUAUAAUGGGACUGUUGUUCUCCGUCAUACUCUCGUACGCGGGAGCGCUGGAGGCGAUGGAGGUGUUGAAGCACAUCCUGGCGGGCAUGCUGCCGGACUCCGACCCAGACUUCAGCGAGCUGGCGGCGCACUACACGCGCCUGCUGAACCGCGCCAGCAGCGGGGAGAAGGACAACCACUGGGGCGGCGGCGGCGGCGGCGGCCAGGGCUACCUCUGCCUCGUGGAGAACGAGGACGGCUCGCUGCGGUCCGCCUCCAUCAAGUACUACGACGGCAGCGAGCCUGACUCCGCCGCCAUCUUGUUCUCCACAAAGAUCUCCAGCUUCGGACAGGACUCCACCGACAGCACCGCCAACGGCGACUACGGUAGUAGCAAGACUGAAAGGUACACAACCUCAACGACGAAAACCCUCCUCACUAACACUUCUGAAUCGAUCAAUGUCGGACAACGAAACCGAUCAACUACACCGUCUUAUGAAAACGUUUCAGAUCCCACUCAUUUUUCGGAAAACUCUUUCGGGCGUAACCGAGAUUCGGUCAGUCAAGAUAAGAGCCAAGACGAACAUAGCCGAGGAGAUGAUGAACUAAGCAUAGGAGACAGAUCAGAAAAAUCUAAUUCGAAAGAAAAGUUAACCUGGCAUUAUCGACCCCGUAGCCCUAUUCCGCAAUCACUGCCCGAAAUACAUUUACAACAAUCCGAAGGAGCCGAAAAGAAGGAUCCUGCUUAUAGCGAAGACUUCCUAAGAUCACUUGAUGGAAUAAAGUACCGACCGAUGCAACGAAGCGACCCGACUAACCGGCGCAGGAGUUACAAAAAGCGUCACUCGUCGUCGUCCACGUCGUCCCGGGAGUCGCGGGCGUCGCGCGAGGAGGAGCUAAAGAUAUUCACCUCGCUGGAGGAGGCCGAGUUCGAGCGCAUGAAUGACCAGCAGGGCGCGCCCGCUUUCGGAAGCACCCCUAAUCUAGCGGCGCAUUCUCAUUCCAGAAGUCGAUCGAGAGAAAAUUCUAAGGAACGGAGAACUGAUACGUGGAGCGUGGAGGGUUCGCUGGACAGCGCGGCCGAGGGGGAGGCAGGGGCGGGGGAGCUGCGGCCGCGGCUGAAGGACCUGCCCAAGCUGGGCUCCUUCGAGGAGCGCGCGGAGGAGGCGGAGCACCCCGACGAGCUCAUUUUCAGUGGCGAGUACACGAAGGCGAUGAACAAGGACUGGCACAGCGGGCACUUCUGCUGCUGGCAGUGCGACGAGUCGCUCACCGGGCAGCGCUACGUUCUGCGCGAUGACCACCCCUACUGCAUCAAGUGCUACGAGAGCGUGUUCGCCAACGGCUGCGAGGAGUGCAGCAAGACCAUCGGCAUCGACUCCAAGGAUCUGUCGUACAAGGACAAGCACUGGCACGAGGCGUGCUUCCUGUGCGCCAAGUGCCGCGUGUCGCUGGUGGACAAGCAGUUCGGCUCCAAGCUGGACAAGAUCUACUGCGGCAACUGCUACGACGCUCAGUUUGCUAGCCGCUGCGAUGGAUGCGGCGAGGUGUUCCGUGCCGGCACCAAGAAGAUGGAGUACAAGACCCGGCAGUGGCACGAGAAGUGCUUCUGCUGCGUGGUGUGCAAGAACGCCAUCGGCACCAAGAGCUUCAUCCCGCGCGAGCAGGAGAUCUACUGCGCCGGCUGCUACGAGGACAAGUUCGCCACGCGCUGCGUCAAGUGCAACAAGAUCAUCACGCAAGGCGGCGUGACGUACAAGAACGAGCCGUGGCACCGCGAGUGCUUCACGUGCACCAACUGCAGCACGUCGCUGGCCGGCCAGCGGUUCACGUCGAGGGACGAGAAGCCCUACUGCGCUGAAUGCUUUGGGGAACUGUUCGCCAAGCGGUGCACGUCUUGCACUAAGCCUAUCACUGGCAUCGGCGGCACCCGCUUCAUCUCGUUCGAGGACCGCCACUGGCACAACGACUGCUUCAUCUGCGCGCAGUGCAAGACCUCGCUGGUGGGCAAGGGCUUCAUCACCGACGGACAGGACAUCAUCUGUCCGGAGUGCGCCAAGCAGAAACUCAUGUAAAUACCCACAAGCCUUCGCUCGCGCUUCCUACCUUCGCGCUAACCAUUCAGCAGCUAACGAGUGUUCAGCUUCUGAUGAUGAUGACGCUUUCUGGCUCGCAGCGACUCCACGGUUGUGCCGCUGGUGGUUAGCGCGAGGAACUGGGUGAUGUCGCCGUCGGCCAGCGUCGACGUGGAAUGAGCGAGAAGGUUCGAGAACAGUCGAGAAGCAGCGGCGAUCGUCUAUUGUUACGUUCUGCGUUAUGUUCGCGUCUAUAUUUUUUUAUACAAAAAAAAACGAGGAAAAUCACAAAAAAAUAAGCACAAAUAAGUAUGUCUUGUCUAUUAAGUAUCGUUUCGCUUCUUUUUUUACUGAAAUCUAUUUAAGGUUUGUUUAUAUAUUUUGGCUUAACAGCUUGUGUUAAUACUGUCUUAACAACUGAGAUUACAUCGAUCCGAGUCGUUUGUUAUUUGUUGUGGUAAAAUCGAAUUUAUCUAUUGUCUGCAAUUAUACUAUUUAUCGAUUUUAAUUUUCGCUUUGGCUGUUGUAUUAGUCUUUUAGGUGUUAUCGAUUUACCUAGAGCGAUUCACACGAAUAUGCCUUAUAUAACAUAUCUAAGUCAAUUUCAAGGGUAUGUAAUUUAUGUUGUACAUGUAUUUGAAGAUAUAUUUUACAACAUUAUGUAAAGUGCUAUAAAACCUAGUGUACGUCUGUUCGCCGAGGGUGUCAGACAGAUAGGCGUGUUCAUGUUUUAUUGUUCUCACCCCAGGGUGAUAAGUGCUUCAAAUGUUUAAACUGCAUAACAUAGGCUUAAGAAAAUUAUUGACAGAUUAAUUAAGUAUUUAUUACAAGGAGUACGCGACAUUUAUUAAUUUUAUCAAGGAAUGUCUAUGGUUUAUCAGUGUGUGUCACAUUUAUGUAGGUCUGUGAGAUUUUAAAGAUUAAAUUAGAUUUAAACGCGUUGCCAUAAUACUCCACUGGCAGGCCGCUUCCUAACAAUUUUAAGUGACAUUCAGUCAUAGUUUUUACUAAUAAAAUAUAAUUAUUAAAUAUUUUUGUUCUCGAAUUAAGAAUCACUCUCGUUACAAUAAUGUAGUUGAAAGUUAUCGCUAUUUUUACAAGAUAAUAAUUAAUUUAAUAUAUUAAGUGACAUCAUAACUAUAUUUAUAAGAGAAUAACAUCUGUGUUAAGUACGGGAUCGCUCCACGCUUUCUGACCACAUACUGUUUGGGGAUCACUACAUAGGGGAUAAUGCUUAGGGUAAAUUAUAUUAUUGAAUGUUAAAAUUUAUAAUAUAUGUAUUAUACCUAUAUUUACUUUUUUUGAAUCGAGUAGCUGUGUGAUCUGAUCUAAAACUUUAUACCUAUAGAAUGUAUAAACAAUGAAACUUAAUAAAUGAUACAAAAGUUA